AAAGAAAGGUCCAGAUCACAACUGGCAGUGUUGGAAGCUAAAACCACAUUAGGUAGGUACAAUAAAAACAGUGUACCACUGAGUUAAAAAAGUAGAACAAUAGCUAAUAGGAAGGUAGUAAUUUGUAAACACCGACGUGUUUUUCUGCGUGUGGCUGAUGGGUCUAACGUUGUUGCGCCGGAUUGCAGUAUGAAAGUUUGGGCCAGCUGAUGCCCAGCAAAGCUAUGCAGCAAAGCUUCUGUACAAAAGCGGCAACCAGAAUUUGCCUUAAAUACGAAGUUACGGACAAAUGUGUCCCAAAUCCGUCCACUGGCCUGACCAGAGGGGAUGUGUUUGAUUGGCAACUUUUAAUUUCAGUCUACAUAAAAGAUUUUAUGUAAGUCUACAAGUCUCUUGACAUAGGGUAGUAAGUGUUAAUCAUUCAAUUGUUGAUUGCAAAAUGUUCAGACGGCCAAACGUCUCCAUGCGUGACGUGUACUUGCAUAUUAUAAGGCUCACAUCCAUUCGUAAUAUGUAUCCUACAGUAGGCCUACUAUCCAUCCAUCCAUCCAUUUUCAACACCGCUUAUCCUGGUUCGGGUCCCGGGACACUGGAGCCUAUCCCAGCUGACUUCGGGCGAAAGGCGGACUGCACCCUGAACUGGUCGCCAGUCAGUCGCAGGCUGAUGUGAGCCAGGUGGCGGACAUGUCCAAGCCCAUGUACUGUGACCGUGUGGACACCCCGCUGCCCGACAGGGCCUACAAGGAUGAGCUGAGCGCCGCUGACAAGAGCCUCAAGCAGAAGGAGAAAGGGCCCUGGAACCAACUGACCCAAGAGGAGAAGAUAGCCCUGUACCGCCUGAUGUUCCGUCAGACUUACCCAGAGAUGAAGCAGCCCACAGCGGAGUGGAAGACGGUCAUGGGGGGCGUCUUCAUCUUUUUGGGCCUCACCGGUCUGGUGGUCUGGUGGCAGUCCGUCUAUGUGUACCCCCCGCAACCCCGGACGUUCGACAGCGAGUGGCAGGCCAAGCAAGUCCAGAGGAUGUUGGACAUGAAGGUGAACCCAGUGGAAGGUUUCUCCUCCAAGUGGGACUAUGAGAAGGGCCAGUGGAAAUGAAGUGGAUGAAGCAGAAGCACAUCCUCACUGUGUCUGCACCUUAUAAACAUACAAGAAUAAUAAUAAAGUUUGAUCUGCGUCCAA